AUGCUGAGAGAGAUCAGCCCGCGGGUGAGGAGGAUCCUGCCCUCCGAGCAGGAGAACCUGAUACGGUGUGCCGCCCGGAUCAGAACGGAGCUACAGCAGGGAGUAAAGAAGCCCUAUAAGGACCUGAUAGACGUCAGCUGGGGCGACGCCCACAGGCUGGGGAUGAAACCGCUCUCUUUCGUCCGGCAGGUCAUUGCUGCCUGCCUCUACCCCGCGCUUCUCCAGAGCGGUAGGCUACCCAUCGACGCUCAGCAGAGAGCCCAGAGACUCAUGGCAGAGUGUGAAGGGGGGAGUGUAGGCUCCUACACGGCAUCACGUGGAAUCCCUCAUGUGCAACGCAGUGUGACAGACUUCAUCUUCCGACGGGACGGUGGUGUUCCCUCAAACCCCGAAAACAUUUUCAUCUUCAACGGCUCUCAGUGCGCGCUGUCGUUUGUUUUGAAGUUGCUGGCCCAGGGUGAGGGUCUGCCCCAGACGGCCGUUCUGACCCCGGUGCCCACAUACCAAACCUUCACCAUGGCGCUGGCAGAGCAGGGGGUAAUGAUGGUGCCCUAUCAGCUGUGUGAGGAGGAAGGCUGGGCCCUGAAAGUGGAGGAGCUGCGCAGAGUCCUCCGGGCCAGCAGGGGUCACUGCAGCCCCAGAGCUCUGUAUGUCAUAAACCCCGGAAACCCCACAGGGCAUGUCCAGAGCAGGAAGUCUAUUGAGGAGGUGAUCCGAUUCGCUGCUGAGGAGAAGCUCUUCCUGAUGGCCGAUGAGGUGUACCAGGGCAGUGUACAUGGGGAGGAGAGCGUGUUUGUCUCCUAUAAGAAGGUUCUGUUUGAGAUGGGGCAGGAGUACUCAGAUUCUGUGGAGCUGGCCUCUUUCCACUCUGUGUCCAAGGGCUUCAUGGGAGAGUGUGGACUGCGUGGGGGGUACGUGGAGCUGGUGAACCUUGACCCCGCCGUCAUGGGCGUGGCCCACAUGCUGUUAUCCACCAUGUCUUCCUCUGCCGUGAUUGGUCAGAUUGCGCUGGAUAUCCUGACCAAUCCCCCGCAGCCUGGGGACCCCUCCUACCCCUCAUACUCAAAGGAGGUGCGCCUCAGUCAGGACACCCUGGUCCGCAACAUGCGUCUGGCCCAGGAGGUCCUGGGGGGUCUGCCGGGGGUCAGCUGCCAGGUGGUGUGGGGGGGCAUUUACGUCUUCCCUCGACUCCACCUCCCUCCCCGAGCUGUGGAGCUGGCCAAGAAGCAGGGGGUGGAGGCCGACCUGCUGUACUGCAGCAGGCUGCUGGAGGAGGCGGGGGUGUGUGCUGGGCCCGGGUGCGAGCACGGGCAGAAAGAGGGAACGUACCACCUCAGGUUCUGUGUAAUGACCCCCCCGGAGAACCUGGAGGAGAUGCUGAGGCGGCUGAAGACCUUCCACAUCAGGUUCCUGAGUGAAUUCUCCUGA